AACUAUAUAUAAUUACCGCAAUUGGAGUCCUCAUGUCAUAACUCACUAGUUAUCAUAGUCAGUAUUGAAGCCACAGUUCACGAUAGAAUGACGCGUGUGUUGUCCUCUCUAUUUUUGUUUACAAUUUUAAUAUGGAACAUCGAAUCUGCAAAAAUUCUGGUGAUCUUCCCCAUGCCCGCACACAGCCACUUUUCUCUGGGCUUCCGUCUGGCGAAAGAACUAGCUGAUCGAGGGCAUCAAAUGACUGUGAUAAAUCCCUACCCCCAAAAAACACCCAUCAAAAACUACAAAGAUGUUUCAGUUGAAGAAAACGUGGAAUUUAUCGAAGAAUUGAAGAAACAAUUAUUUAAGUUUAACACCUUGGGACCGUACGAUAACUUGCAUGCCAUCUAUGGUAUGGGUAUUGAUUUGACCGAAAACACCUUCCAGAACAAACGCGUCCAAGAUCUCUUAAAAUCAGGCGAAACUUUCGAUCUCGUCAUAAUGGAGCAUUUCCUGAACGACGCUGAGGUCGGGAUCGCCCACCACUUCAAAGCCCCUUUCGUCCUAAUCUCACCCUUUGGCCUCAGCAGACUAAACAACCACGUCUUAGGAAACCCGUUACCAUCCUCUUACAUCCCAAAUCUCAUAGGAACGUUCUCCAAACACAUGACUUUCUGGGAACGCCUCCAAAAUUUCCUCCUCAACAUUUUAACUGAUCUAGUCAGAGAGCUGAGUUUCAUGCCACGACAGCGCCAAAUGUUCAAAAAGUACAUAAAAACGGAUCUCGAACUGGACGACGUUUUGUACAACGCGAGUCUGAUGAUGACCAACUCGCACGUUAGCGUGAACGACGCUGUUCCACGCGUCCCUGGCGUGAUCGAAAUUGGGGGCUUUCAUGUAAACCCCCCCAAAAAAUUACCCGAGGAUUUGCAAAAAUUUCUCGACGAGUCGAAGGACGGAGUCGUCCUGUUUUCCAUGGGCUCCAAUUUGAAAAGCAAGGACUUGCAACCGGAAGUUCGUGACGCUAUUCUGCAAUCGUUUUCGAAAAUCAAGCAAAAAGUCUUGUGGAAAUUUGAAACGGACCUUCCCAACGCCCCCAAGAACGUGAAAAUCAUGAAAUGGUUGCCGCAGCAGGACAUUUUAGCCCACCCAAAUGUUGUGGCGUUUAUAACGCACGGGGGUUUGCUAAGUACACUGGAGACGGUGACUCGAGGGGUCCCCAUAAUCGGGAUUCCUGUUUUUGGGGACCAGAAGGCCAACAUUGCGGCUGCCGUGACUGAUGGUUAUGGUGUCAGUGUUCCUUUGCCGGAACUAUCCGAGGAAAAACUAUCAUGGGCUUUGAACGAAAUCCUGAACAAUCCUAAGUACCGCCAAAAUGUGAAACAACGGUCGAAACUGAUGAACGACCAACCACUGAAACCGCUUGAUUCGGCGGUUUAUUGGGUCGAACACGUGCUCAGGCAUGGAGGUGCCCCACAUCUUAGGUCUGCAGCACUUGAUCUCAAAUGGUACCAGCGCGAAAUGGUCGAUAUAUUCCUGUUCCUGGCGCUUGUCGCAAUUAUCACACUUGUUGUAAUUUGCAAAAUCAUCAAAAUUUGUAUUGGUUUGUGUUGCAAACAACCGAGAGUCAGUAAAACCAAAAAACGCAACUAAAUAUAGUUUUGGAAAAAUGA